AUGGUUGUCCAGGUUACCAGAGUGAUGUUUGCCCUCAUGCUCAGUUUGUUUCUGGCAGUUUCGUCUCCCAUUUGGCCGCUGACUCCUGCAGUGGCCUUCCAGCUGCAACCCUGCCAGCUCGUCAACCAGACGGUGUCUGUGGAGAAAGAGGGCUGUGCCACGUGUCACCCGGUGGAAACAACCAUCUGCAGCGGCCACUGCAUCACCAAGGACCCUGUCAUCAAGAUACCGUACAGCAAAGUGUACCAGCAUGUGUGCACGUAUCGGGACUUUUACUACAAGACCUUUGAGCUUCCCGACUGUCCUAGCGGUGUGGAUCCCAUGGUCACCUACCCCGUGGCUUUGAGCUGUCACUGCAGCCGCUGUGCCAUGGACACGUCCGACUGCACCUUUGAGAGCCUGCAGCCCGACUUCUGCACGAAUGACAUACCUUUCUACUACUAG